AUGGAGCCCUACAUCCUGGGCUGGAGGCCUCUCAUGCUCUCCAUGGUCAAGCUCAGGCUGAUGUACUUCCUCUUCCUGAGGCCAUCCCUGAUGACGUCAAUGUGCUCCCUCAGCUCCCCGUGGCCCCCUCUCUGCUUCCCGUGGCCCCCGCUCAGCUCCCUCAGCUCCCUGUGGCCCCCAAUCAGCACACAUUGGCUCCUGGAGAAAGUUCCACGGCCACUAAAGCAAUUGAUGCUAAACAAAAGGAACUUCAAAAUACACUGCAGGAGAAAACACACCAACCUCCUUGAGAGGAUAACGAAGGACAGAUUUUUGGCCUGUCAGUGUAUUGAUGGUACACAUGGUGUGUUUGCAGUGGAAAAAUCUUUUUGUGGUCCUGCAACACCCAUAUAUGUCAUCAAGAAUAUUUGGGGGCCAGCACAGAAGAUCAUUUGUGAGGUCGACCAGUGUCGUUUGAAUGCUGACUUUGCUCAAAGGAGCGGGAUGUUGCCUUUCGAGUGCCACCACAUCCAGUCAUUAUUGUAUUGCCCACGCACUGACGGUCAAACCGUGACACUACCAGGUGAGGCCUUGGAAAGAAUGGUGGAAAACAAGUGGUUUGGUGAGGAGCGUAAGGUCGGCCUCUUGCGUUGCCAAAAAAAUGCUGAUGCUGAGGGUGUGCCUCUGUCAGUGCACCUGACUGUAGGUGGUCCACCAUCUAAAUUUCAUGUAUCCGUUUAUGAAAAAAAGGUUACAUACUACAGCAGGUUGGGGAGAGUUAUUGUGGCAUAUGAUGCAAAGCAAAACACCUGGCAUUGUCCCUGCUCUAAAGCGAGACAAUCCUGUAUCCAUAAAGCUGUUGCUAAAUGGCAUCUGUUUGUGACAAAGAGGGAGCUUUUUAGGAAGGUGAAGAGCACAGAGGAAGAGACACUUAAUCUUACAGAGAUCAUCACAGUCCAAUACGACAGCGACUCUAAAGAGGACAGUUAUCCACCAGAUGACAGAGAAAUUGCAAGGAUGCUUAAAUACCUCCUCAACAACAAAAAGAUCCCGGCAAAUAUACCCCAGGCUCUCAUAGAGCAGUCGAGAGAGGGGAGAAGAGACGACAGCUUUCCUAAGCACCUUAUCCCAAGAGAAAAAAAGUGUGUAGAAUGUGAAUACACACUCUGUGAACAUCUGAUAACAGCGAAAGGCAAGAUCCUGACAAGCACAGGUGUAGUUGAAGGAAUAUCAACAUACAGGAAAUCAUGCCUGAACUGCGGCAUGAUUUACAGAUACCAGGAGUGGGAGGAGGGUAUCCACAACUUUGAUGACCACAUCAUCCUGUCUCUGCACUUGUGCCUGAUGGUCAGGAAUGCACUACAGACCCAUACAGCUAUCAGUAAAGUGAUAGAAAUUAUAGAGACAACGGAAAAGGUGUCCUUUCCAAACAAGGAAAGAGUUCUGCAGGCAUACCUCCACUUUGAGGCCCUUACCGACCAUGAGUACAUGUACAGUUGUGUGUCAUGUGGAAACAACCCAGCAGUUGUUGUUAUGGACCUCCACAAAAAAGGCGUUUUCAAUAUGCCAGUGAGUGACAUCCCAAGCCCACCUGAAGGCUAUGAUGGUAAUGUUGACAUGGACCAUUUCUGGAACACUGUGGCCACAGAAAUGCUCAGUCGGGGAUUAAUUCCAUAUGGACGGAAGAACCCUUUCGUUGUGCCCCCGAGCUAUCAUCACUGGGCCCCCUGGAUUGGCCCACACACCCGGAGGUCAAAUUCUGUGAUGAACACAGAAUUUGAAAAAUUGCAAAGCCCCAAAGCAGAUGGAGAUGCUAACUUUAAUGAUGACGAAAAAAUGAAUGAGGAGCGGCUCACAGAUGAGCUUGUGAACUUAAAGGUACAGGAGGUCAGGGCACUGUGCAAACAGUGUGGUGUUGAUGAUAAGGGGUCCAAGAUAGACAUGGUUAUGAGACUGUCUGACAAAAUGUCUAAUAGAGUCACCUACAACAAGGUGUUUGAGAAAGUGUGGGGUGCUUCUGGUGGCUGGGCAGUUAUCACUUGCCCAUGUGGGGUUGUGUUUUCAGUAAAAUUCAACCUUAGAGCAGAGAGUCCACGUGACUUUGUGGAUCUCUUGCUGUCCUGGAAACUUCUCCCCAAUGUGGCUGUGUAUGAUUAUGCCAGGGGUCUGGCACUGCAUGCCAACCGCAGGCAGCCAGGAAUAUUUGCCCCUUUUCAGGGAAGGUUACUGGAUCUCACCCCAGAGAACGUGAAGCAGGCCUCAGAGGGAAAGGUCCAUGUCAACUUGCCUUGGCUGAAAUUAAAAAAAAAGCCAGCUGACAAAGAUGGUCACCCUCUCACUGGAUCCUCACAGCAUUUUGCUUUGAACGAUGUGUUCCACCAGGGGAACAGCAAAGACCAGUGUGAGGUUCUAAGAAAGCUGGAGCUUGUGCCUGAACUUGCUGGUCUUAUUAACAGCCAGUGUGCGGAGCAGCUGUUUUCAGGGAUGAGAAAAAACAACUACUUUUUAAAUCAGACAACCCCAUCAACACACAUUUUUCUACAAAGAAACAUUCUCCACCAUUACAACAUGGCAAGGAACCAAAAAAUCAAAAAUCAGUACAGCAAGAUUGUUCCUCCAGAUGUUUCAUUGCAGUUUGACAGCUAUGGAAGGGUUGUUUUAGCUGCGAUGUCAAUUGGGUCAUAUGGGAACGAACAAGAAGACUCUCAAGAGUAUGAGUCAGAAGUUGAAAUGCAGUGUGACAGUCAUGGAAUGCUGUCUCAUGUCUUGGAUGAGACCAAAAGUCACACUCAGCACCUUGCAAUGGUGAAUAACAUCAUCCUGACCCGCUUUGACUUUUGGACUCUGGGUUUGCAGCGGGACAUGGAGGGAACGAUCCUGAACUCUUGUCUCAAAAUGAUUGAGAAGGUAGUGAAUCUCCUGUGA